AUGAGGGCGUACCGCAUGGUCGCAUACAGCGCUGUCAUCUUUUCCAUGGCUUCGGUAUUUUCGAUAUGCAUCACUUUGCCGAUGGUCUACCAAUUCGCUGAGAACGCAAAAGCCCGUCUCACAGAGGAAUCUGAUUAUUGUAGGCAAUCUGUUCGGGAAAUUUCUCGUGAAGUGAUUGACCUGAACAAAGUGACGAGGCUCAAUCGUACGACCCGUGCUGCCCAACUUUAUCGCAGACAAGCGUACGCGGAAGCUCCUAGCAACACGCUGAAAUGUAGCCCAGGACCUCCUGGACCGGGAGGAAAUCCUGGAAAGCCCGGACGUCCAGGUAAACCAGGAGUGCCUGGACUUCCCGGAAUCCCAGGAAAGCCUCCACAGGCGCCGUGCGAGCAAAUCACUCCUCCUCCCUGCAAGCCAUGCCCAAGAGGACCACCUGGUCCUCCAGGUCAACCAGGACCUCCAGGCUCAGACGGAGCACCUGGUGAGCCAGGAGCACAUGCGGCUGCAGGACAAGCUGGACCUCCAGGACCUCCAGGACCACCGGGACUUCCUGGAAGAGACGGCCAGCCAGGAAAUCCUGGUGCUCCUGGACCUGCAGCUGAGUCAUCCUAUAGUGUUGAAGCAGAACCUGGACCUCCGGGACCUCCAGGACCGCCUGGUCCUCCAGGCUCAGAUGGACAAGAUGGAAAACACCACGGACCAGGACCGGUAGGCCCACCAGGUCCAAAAGGAGCUGGCGCCGACGGAAUCCUGGACCUCCUGGACCACCAGGAAAAGCCGGAAGUGCAGGCGAAAAAGGUAUAUGCCCCAGGUAUUGCGCCUUGGACGGUGGAAUCUUCUUCGAGGACGGCACAAGAAGACGAUAAAUGUUUUGACGUGUCAUACGAUGCGAAUAAAAAGUUUAUGUUUCCUCGAGCUGUUUCUUUCGAGAGUAUCGACAAACUCCUGAGAUAA